UUGCGGAUGAUGCAUUUCCCCUUUCCCACGGGGUUAUUAUUGUAUGUCUGAAGUAGGUAGGUACGUAGGUACCGCCUAAGGUUUUCUCCCCUGCCCCCGGAUGCAGCCACGCACUACCUCGACUAUAAAUGCCUACACAAGGUUGACUACCUGUACACGUAGAUGCUGAGUUUGCAUACCAGCCACUGUGUGGCUUACGCUAGGCACAUCUGAGGCGCCUAAGCCAAGCGUGUACAUAUGUACAUGUGGAAUAGCACUUCAUACCAUAGAAAUUGGCGGGGUCGUUACCUGGUGCCCCCUUUGUUCUGUUCGCUUUACAUAACCUGCCUACACCACCCACCAACCCCCAUUACUUUCGUUGUCUACCAGCAUUUACAACCUGCACAGCCCAGCUAUGCGUGCCUUUAAUUGAAAAAGAAAGAGGGGAAAGAGGACUCCCUUCGGCUGCUGAGCCCCCCCCUUUUUUUUCCCAAAAAAAUACCCCCCAUGUUUCAGCCAAACCCAGAAGACCGUCUUCACCUGCGGACGCACCGCGCCCGCUCCGUGGUCCUGACAACUGAAGAACUAGUGGAGAUCCGAGCCGCCCAGCGGACUUUCGAAGGAGCGUACAUGCGAACUGCCCUUUCGCAGUUCAGUUUUUCCUUGAUCGUGUUGAAGAUUUUCACCUCCGAGUUUUACGCAAUCGGCGCUCUCUUCGCCGUGUACGGUGCCGCAGUCCUGCUUUGCUCAAUAUACCGUCGGUACCAGGGGAACAAGCAGUUCUUCACCAUGAUAGACGACGACGGCGAGGCGAGAAACAAAUUCCGUACCAGCGGAAACAGCGUUCUACUCCUUACCGGUCUGAGCAUAGGAGCCUACGUUGGCCUGAUGGUAUUAACAUGGCAGCUGGAGGCGUAAAAGGGGGUCGCACCAUGGCGCUUUACUCGAGAGUCACAUUGCUUCCUGGUUACGAGAUUUUCAGGCCGUAGCUUUCCUCGAAAGCAUCAGCUCGUU